AUGACAAGCUCGAGAGAAACCGAGGGUGACUGGAGUCCUGUUCCUGCUCAAGGGAAUGUUCCAGCAUACUAUGUCUACAAAAAACCUAUCCAGAGUGGCUAUUCGGAUCCCCGUGAAUACCGUGUAAUUCGCUUACAGAACGGUCUAGAAGCUACUCUCGUGAAAGAUAGCAAAGAACAAGUGGCCGGUGCAGCAAUGAAUGUCUCGGUUGGUUACUUUCAGGAUCCAGAUAAUCACCCUGGUGUUGCACAUGCUUGCGAACACAUGCUAUCUCUGGGAACCAAUAAGUUCCCGAAAAUAAACGAUUUUCAAAGGUAUAUUAAGGCAAAUCAUGGAUGGUACAACGCAAACACAGAUGCCUUGAACACUACGUUUUACUUCUCACUUGCUUCGGGUGCACUCAAAGGUGCACUCGAGCAGUUCGCUGCUUUCUUCAACUGUCCUAAAUUCGAUUGGGAAGCAACAGAAGAAGUGCUAACUUCAAUUACAAACGAACACAAGGGACAUUAUCAGGAUGACGGCUGGUUAUUAUUUUCGGUUGAAAAAGCAUUAGCAAACGAUGACCACCCACAGAGAAAGUUUUGCUGUGGAAGCCAGGAGACAUUAUUGUCACUUGGUCCCUCAGCAAAGUCGUCCAGGGACAGCAAUUAUGAAGGGAAAUCCCAAAGUAUGAGGCCAUCUAGUAAGGAAUACUGUGCAAGUCGGAUGAGUUUAGCAAUAGUUGGGAAAGAUUCUCUUGAUGAUCUCGCUCGCUGGGUGGCAGAGUUUUUCUCAUCAGUUGAGAACCGUGGCCAACAUCCCGCUCCAGUUUCCUUUGGAAAGGCUUAUGGCAAAUCUGGACUUGGAAGAAUCGUCCGCUUGAAAGCAAAACAAGAAAUAUACAAUAUCACAAUCGAAUUUCCAAUCCCGUCCCAGAAUCCGCUGUGGCAUGUUCAACCAGCUGAUUACCUUAAACAUUUUAUUAGUCAUAAGGGUCCUGGCUCGUUAUAUUCUUACCUGACGAAGAAAGGAUUGAUUAAUGAUAUUGAUGUCAACAAAACCAAUAUUGAUCGUGACAGUGCAUUGUUCUAUAUCUACAUAGAACUGAAAGGGGACGCAUUCGAGAAAUACCAAGAAGUCGUUGAUGCCUGCUUUAAAUUUAUAAAUGUUUUGCAUAAACACAAAUACAACCUUCCAGAAUGGGCUCAGAAUGAAAUAAGGCAACUGAAUAGAAUCUUUUUCGACUUUAACGAUAGUAGGCAAAGGCAUCAAUCAGCUCAGUAUGCAGUUGAUAUUGCCAAUUGGAUGAAACUCCAAAUUCCGCAUAACCUGCUUCUGAGUGGACAUUUAUUAGUCCGAGAAUGGAAUGAGAAACAAAUCCAAAGGACAUUGGACAAGCUGAAUAUUGAGAAUUGCUUUAUUAUUUUGCAAGCCCAACACCAUAGCCAGUCUGCCAAACGAAAAUGGAUAACUGAAAAGUGGCAUAAGGCAUGCUAUGAGGUGAAGAAUAUUGAUGAUAAACUCGUUUUGAAAGCCAACAAUCCUAAAGAUACAACUGAAUUUAAUCUGGCUAAGGAAAAUAAAUUCAUACCCAAAAACCUUAAAGUUGAUAAAAUGACGGUUUAUAAAAUCAAGAUGCAGCCUGCUCUUAUUGUGAAAACCCAACUCAUGGAGGUGUGGCACAAGAAGGACGAUCAAUUUUGGAUGCCAAAGGGAAAGAUAAAAAUAUUAAUACAGACGCGCAUUCCAGGUACAAGUGUGAGAGCUUAUGUAAUGACACAGCUGUUUGCAGAUCUCAUCAGAGAUGCGUUACGAGAGUACUCGCACGACAUGGAAGUUGCUGGUGUAGGAUUCGGAUUAGUCCCAUCCUUGCGAGGCAUCACCAUGAUUGUUGGGGGUUGGAAUGAUGGAGUGAGCCGUCUUGCCCAACGAGUUUGUGAAACAAUCAAGAACCUUUCGAUUGAAGAGCGGCGUCUGUCGAUCUGGAUAGACAAGGAGAGACGAGAUCAGAUGAAUACGCUUCUCAAGCAGCCUGAAGAGGUUUCUAAUCAUUAUUUGACAUACCUUUUAGAGGAUUCCAGCUUUACAAUCGAGGAAAGAGUCAAGGCGCUCGAUGGUAUCACUAUCAAGGAACUAACUGAGCAUGCGAAAUCAUUUCUAUCAGAAUUAAACUAUACAAUCUUAGUCAACGGUAACUUUUAUAAAGAGGAAGCAUUACAGAUCGUAUCUCUGCUGCACAAUACUUUCAAAGCAAAACCUUCAGAAUGGCGUUAUGGUCACCGCUCACGUAUUCCUCCAAUCGGGGGCAAUUAUAUCUGGGAACUUCCUGUCAGGAGCAAAGAUGAAGUCAACUCAGGCGUCAGUUACUAUUGUCAUGUUGGUAGUAGCUCUGACCCCGAAACUCGCGUAAAAUGCAAACUACUGGCCCAAAUUCUAGAAGAACCUGCUAACAACACUCUCCGAGAACAGGAACACAUUGGCUACCUAGUCCUCUCCGACACAAUAGAGCGUGCCGAAUCCAUUGGUUGGAGAAUUAAGAUCCGGUCAGACAAGCAUCCAACGUUCGUCGAGUCACGCAUCGAGGCUUUCUUAGAAAAAAUGCGCAAAAAACUUGAGGAUAAUUCAUAUCAGGCUGAAGCAGAAUUCAAUACACAUAAGCGUGGGCUCAUUAAUACACUGACUAAGAGAAAAGAGGGCAUCCCAGACGAGACUGACGGUUUCUGGAACGCCAUCGAAUCGGGAAGUUACGACUUUGAGCAGCGAACCAACGAUGCAGGGCUUGUCGAAAGUCUGACAAGGUCUGACAUCCUGAAUACAUUUAAAAUGUUUUUCGAUCCACGGUCCGCGACACGCUCAAAGCUCUCUGUGCACAUGGUGUCGCAGAAUCCCAUAGUUAGCUCGAGAGCAAUCGAUGGAUUUAUCCGCAAGAUGUCAGAAAAGAAUAUAAAACUUGACAAGAAAAGCCUCGAGGAGAAGGAGCACUACCCAUUAUCGGAGUUGCGGGAGUACCUGCAAAGGAAAUUAGCCCAGCUUAAAAUAAAACAAGAUACGGUCAAGAGGUUGCUUACAAAAUUAGUCGAAGAAUAUCCUGUAAAAGAUCAAGCGCGUGUGAAACUGAGUCCCAAAGUACAAUACAUCCCGGAUGGUACUACCUUUAGGGAUAUCCUUAAACUUUCCAAUACUACAAGACCUGUUAGGAACCUUGAAGUGGAGACAUAA